GAGACGAUUUAAAGGCUGCUUAAAGCUUUAAAGGACAUUUUUGAGAGAGGAUUUAAGAGGUAUCUCGGAAGCAGAUCCUCGCACUCUCAAAGAUAUGCGAAGGCUUGAGCCUGGAAAGGAGAGGAAACAACAGGAUGAUCGAUGAUCCCCGGCACCAGUUCACCAAGAAGUAUGCAUCGGCAGCCACACAAAAUCAGUCUCUGGUCGAACGGUGUCAUAAGAUCUUGAAGUGAAGCGAAAGAAAAGGAAACGAUAACCAUGAGUGAAGAAAAGAAGGAAGACGCCCACUUGGACAAUUCUUCCGCAUUGGCCACGUCUCUGCCGCAUCCUGAUGGGUUCUUUGGCGCCGACAAGACGUAUGGUGGGGCAUUUGUCCCUCCACCAUUGGAACCCAUUAUGAAAAAUGUGGCAGAAGAGUACGAAAAAGCCAAAAUCGACCCUCAGUUCCUUGCUGACCUGGCAAACUUGAGGAAGACGUACAUUGGACGUCCAUCACCCAUUUAUCACUGCCAGAACCUGUCCAAGAAACUUGGUGGCGCACAAAUCUACUUGAAGCGAGAAGACUUGAAUCACACCGGAAGCCAUAAAAUCAAUCAUUGUUUGGGAGAAGCACUCCUAGCCAGGCAAAUGGGAAAAACCAAACUUAUUGCUGAAACCGGUGCUGGACAGCAUGGAGUAGCAUUGGCCACUGCUGCAGCUCUGAUGCAAAUGGAGUGUGAAAUUCACAUGGGAGAGAUUGACAUCAAGAAAGAAUGGCCCAAUGUCCGUCGCAUGCAAAUCUUGGGCGCAAAAGUUGUUCCGGCCACGCAUGGUGGAAAGUCGCUCAAGGAGGCUGUAGACUCGGCUUUCCAAGCAUACAUGGGCGAUCCCGAGCACAUGUUGUUUGCCAUUGGAUCUACCGUGGGUCCACAUCCCUUUCCAAUGAUGGUACGUGACUUCCAGGCCAUUGUGGGAUUCGAGGCGAAGGAACAGUUCCAAGAGAUUGCCGGACCGGGCAAAGCACCCGAUAUCUUGCUGGCAUGUGUCGGCGGUGGCUGCAAUUCACUUGGACUCUUUACCGCAUUUCUCGAUGACCCCAACGUCAAACUCAUUGGAGUGGAACCGGCUGGACAUGGAUUGGACAAGGGAGAAGGACAUCAUUCCGCCACACUCACCUUGGGAAAACCCGCUGUCUUGCAUGGCAUGAAAUGCUACACACUACUCAACAGUCAAGGGGAUCCCGCCAGUGUCCAUUCAUGUGCAUCUGGACUAGAUUAUCCUGGUGUAGGCCCUGAGCAUAGUUUCUUAAAGGACGCGGCCCGUGUACAGUAUGAAACGGCCACCGAUGAGGAGGUGAUUGAUGCCUUUUUCGAACUCUCGAGGAGUGAAGGUAUUAUCCCAGCAUUGGAAUCGGCACAUGCUUUGGCCUAUGCCAUGAAAAUUGCAAAGGACAUGCCCGAGGACAAGAAAUUGCUCGUCAAUAUGAGUGGACGUGGUGACAAAGAUUUGGACUAUGUCUGUGACUUGCAUGGUGACCAGUAUGGCAUUGGGAAGGAAGGGAUUUUUGCUGGUCCGACAAAGCACAGCAAAUAGACAAACAAACGGCCAACAGCUCGGCAAACCCAUCACGCGGCUUGCAACUGCACGACAAUCAAUGCCACCUGUUGCUGCUGAGUUUCUGUACAUGAACACGAACAAUCUUCGUAACCCACAGUCGUUUGGAAUGCUUUACACGUCGAAUGUAGCGAUACCAAAGUUUAUAGCGCUGUCAACAUUAUUAGCUCUUGGAUGGGGCAAGCGGUAGUGCCAGGGUACUAGUACCGGUAGCUGGAAGUGGUGGCU